AUGUCACAUUUCAAUCCGGAAGACAGCAGAUUUCCUCCGGGACCCUCUCAUCGUCCUUACCCGCGCCGUGACGAUCGGGACGGUCAAGGCCAGCGCUCUCCUCCGCGAGGUCCAGCUGCAGAUCGGCGACGCGAAUCAUCCAGAGACCGACUCGAUUCCCGACCUCGUUAUCGAAGUCGCGACCGCGAUGACUAUCGUCGACGACCCUCUAGAUCACCGCCACCGCGGCGCGGCAGACCGGCCUACAGAGAUCGUGACCGCGAGGGAUAUCGUUCACCCGGAUACAGUCGGAGUAGAAGCUACAGUCGCAGCCGCAGCCCUCGUCGAAGUCGACAGCCUUACCCCGAAAAGGAAAGCAGAGAAGUCAUGAUGGAUGGGUUGCCGGUGGAUAUGGCGGAAGAAGACAUUUCGAAUGAGCUCAGAGACUUUUACUAUGUCGAAGGUCUAGAAGAAGUUCGGGUUAUCCGUGACCGGCAAACCAAAAAAUCACGGCAACUUGGCUUCCUCAGGUUUCGAAACCUUGACUUUGCACGCGACUUCAUGGACCGCAAUUUCCCAUCGAUCUAUCUGCAUGGACCUAAUGCUGGCAAUAACGACAAGGGCACCAAGGUCCGCGUCGCCUAUAGUCGUGAGAGGGAAGAUCGCACUCGUGCGAGGGCCGAGAGUGACUGGACCUGCAAAAUGUGCGCUAUUGUUAACUACUCGACUCGCAAUAAAUGCUUCCGAUGCCAAGCGCCCCGGCCUGAGGCUGGCCCGGCUGGUCCACCUGGAAUUGCUGCUCCGAAGGUUGAGAACAACGGCGACAACGAUGCGGCUCCAGACAAUCAACCUUCACAGUUUCUUCUUUUCCGAGGGCUAGAGUCUUCUGUCACCGAAGAGCUUCUUGCAAAGGGCGUGGCUAAGCUCUACCGACCUACUCCCGGCUCGGGUGGACCUUCGGAGAACCAAAGGAAGGGGGCCAAGGUGGCUUCCACGACCGGUGAUGCCAAUCUUGGGGCAAGAGAUGGCUCUAUUCGCCGUGUCCUACUGGUCAGAGACCGCAAAACCAACGAGAGCUGGCGGUAUGGAUUUGCGGAGUUCGCCACUGUUCAGGAUGCCCAAGCGGCUGUUGCGCGACUUCAUUCAUUCGAAAAAUUUACCAUCUCCUCAAAGCCUGUUCUUGUAAGCUACAUACACGCUGGCGUGUUUGUGCCUGUUAUCAAUCCUUCGGCGAGCACGGACCAGUUCACCUUCAGUCCCCUCAGUAACCCGUCCUUGAAGCUUAUGUACUGGGACGAGGAGGCAUAUGUGAAAGAAUUGACGGUGUCAACUGCCGAGUUGGACAACAAUCAAGCAUCGACCGCGCAGGGCCAAGCAGAAAACCAAGGGAAGAGUUCGAAAGAAGCAGAGAAGGCAAAGAAGCGAAAAGCAGACGCCGCAGCAAGCGCAGCGUCCAAGAAAGUCGCCGUUCCCUCUCAUCUGCAGUUCUGGAGUAAUCGCCAUGCUGAGCUGCAUGGCAUUCAGAAAAAGGACGCAGACGAGAAGGGAAGCGACGGUGGCGUCGAAAGCCGUGGAUCGCCGGCCGACGCUGCAGCUCCUCCCACACAAUCCUAUGCUGAUUUAAAUCGGAACUGCUGCUACCUGUGCAUGCGGCAAUUCAAGAGCUCGGCUGAAGUCAACAGACACGAACGGCUCAGUCAGCUGCACCGUGAUAAUUUGCAGAACGACGAAUUGAAAAACAAAGCAAUGGGCAAGCUCAUCAAACAUGGCAUCGUUCAAUCUACUCCCGAGUACAGGGACCGUGCAAGGGAACGUCGAAAGGCGUUUGGCAGUUCGCGAACGUCGACUAAGGCCAAGCCUGCUGCGCCGAGGGAGGAAGACGAGCCACCAGUGGAGACAACAUCGAAGGGGGCGUCCCUCCUUAGUAAGAUGGGUUGGUCGGCCGGCUCUGGACUGGGUGCUCAGGGUACUGGGAUGACCGCCCCGAUAGCCACGGAGGUGUAUGCGCAGGGUGUCGGCCUGGGUGCGCAAGGAAGCAAGCUGGGUGAUGCGGUCGAGGAAGCGGGACGCAACACGCGCAACCGGUACGAUGAGUUCCUGGAGAAGACGAGGCAGACAGCGCGGGAGCGAUACGAACGUAUGGAGAAAUAG